AUGGAGGGAGACAAGGCCAGCGGCUGCGGCGGCUUGGUCCUGAUCAACUGCUUCGUGAGCCCCUACGGCAACCGGGUGCGCAUCGCGCUGAAGCGCAAGGGCCUGGAGUACGAGGAGAAGCCCGAGAACCUGGCGGCCAAGAGCCCGCUGCUGCUGUCCUCCAACCCCGUCCACGCCAAGGUCCCUGUCCUCCUCGUCGGGGGCAAGCCCGUGUGCGAGUCUCUCGUCAUCCUCGAGUUCAUCGACGAAGCCUUCCCCGGCGCCGGCGAGCCGCUCCUCCCCGCCGCCCCCUGCGCCCGCGCGCACGCCCGCUUCUGGGCCUCCUACGUCGACACCAAGCUGCCUGAGUGCGCGGUGCGCGUGUGGCGGUCGCCCAAGGGCGCGGCGGCGGUGGAGGAGGGGAAGAAGGACCUGGUGGCCGUGCUGAAGACGCUGGAGGCGGAGCUGGGCGCCAAGCCCUACUUCGCCGGGGACGCGCUCGGGUACGUGGACGUGGCGCUGGUGCCGUUCGCGCCGUGGUUCCUGACCUACGAGAGGCUCGGCAGGUUCAGCGUCGCCGCCGAGUGCCCGGCGCUCGCGGCGUGGGCGGAGCGCUGCGCCCGGGAGAACGAGUGCGUGGCCAAGUCGCUGCCGGAGCCGGAGCACGUGUUCCAGUUCGUGUGCGGCAUGAGGAAGAUGUUUGGCCUCGACUAG